AUGGAGCGAGACGCGCUUCUGAGAUUCAAGAAAGAGCUCCAAGAUUCGUCAAAUCGUCUUUCUUCUUGGAUUCCUCAAACAGAUUGUUGCGAAUGGGUUGGAAUUCGUUGCGAUAGUUUCACUGGCCAUGUCAAAGAACUCAAUCUUGCGAAUACUCGAUAUGUUAUUUGGGAAACAGAAGCAGAGAGGAUUUCUUUCGAAAACUACAAGUUGAAGGGUAAUUUGAGCGACUCGAUCUUGAAUUUAAAGCAUGCAAGUCACAUCGAUCAAAGUUACAACGAUUUUGGAGGGUUGCGAAUUCCUGAUUUUUUGGGGUCACUUGUGAGUUUGAAUUAUCUUAACCUCACAGGGUCAGGAUUUCAAGGACUCAUACCUCAUCAGCUUGGAAAUCUAUCAAACUUGCAACAACUUGGUUUGCGAGGUAAUUCUCCAUUUUCUGGACCUAGAUCGAAUAGUGGAAAUCUUCAAUGGCUUCAAGGUCUUCGUUCAUUGUUGAGCUUGGAUUUGAGCUAUGCAAACCUUAGAAAAGUGUCUAAUUGGUUGCUAGAUAUUAAUAAGCUUCCUUCUCUCGUGGAACUGCGUUUGUCUUACUGUGAAUUGGGUCAUAUUACUCCAUUGAGUCGUGUUAAUUUCACUUCUCUCUCUGUUCUUGACAUUUCAUCGAACAACUUCAAUGAAUUCUUACCCAAAUGGAUAUUUGAUCUUGGUAGCCUUGUUUCACUUGACCUAAGUGGAAGUAAUUUCCAAGGUUCACUUCCUAGAGGUUUUUCGAACUUGACAUCCCUCCAAAGCCUUAACUUAGAAUAUAAUUACUUGAAUUCUUCACUACCAGAAUGGUUGUUUAGUCUUACAAGCAUCACUUCUAUAAGGAUGAAGGGCAGUAGCUUUGAAGACCUUCAAUCCCUUUACUUGCAAGGGGAGAUCUCAAAUGACAUUGUCAAUCUUACUAAUUUGGUUUCUCUUGACCUUUCCUGGAAUGAACUCAAAGGGACCAUACCAAGCUCAAUAGGAACUCUUUGCAACUUGAGGAGCAUUUCUCUGUCAGGAAAUACAUUUGGCCAAAAGUUAUCAGAAAUCUUUGACAUUUUUUCAGCAGGAUGCCUUGCAAAGAGUUUGAGAUUUUUGGAUUUGGGAGGAACUAAUAUUUCAGGUCAUUUCAAGAAUAAUAUUGCAAAGCUAAGAAAUUUGAAAUUCCUUAACAUUGGGGGUAACUUCAUUUCUGGUCUUAUUCCAGAGCUUAUAGGAAAUUUAUCUUCAUUAGAAUAUUUGAAUCUUGCUGGAAAUGGAUUGAAUGGAACUGUUCCAAAAAGCAUGGGAUCUCUAUGGAGUUUGCAACAACUGAUCCUUUCUUACAAUCGCUUGGAAGGCAUUGUAUCAGAAGUUCACUUUGUUAAUAUUGUGAAUCUGAUACAAUUAGAUAUAUCAGAAAAUAAUUUGACAAUGAGUUUCUCUAUUGGGUGGGUUCCUCCUUUUAGACUUCGUCAUAUACAGUUGAGAUCUUGCAACUUAGGUCCCCAGUUUCCCACAUGGCUCAAAUCACAGAAGAGUUUUACUGACGUUGAUCUAUCUAAUGCCAAAAUUUCUGACACCAUUCCAGAUUGGUUUUGGAGUUUAUCUACUUCAUAUUUAUACUUGAAUCUCUCUCCCAACCAACUGUUAGGGGAAAUUCCUGAUUUUCUUCUUCACGCUCAAUUCACAUUGAUAUACCUCAGUUCCAAUAAAUUUCAUGGCAACCUACCUCACAUAUCAUCUAAUGUUACAGAGCUUGAUCUUUCCAAUAAUUCAUUCUCUGGAAACAUGUCUCACUUCUUAUGUCAUUCAACAAGUCAAGAUAAUCGAUUGGAGAUUCUUCAUCUUGGAGACAAUCUUUUAUCAGGAAAUAUUCCGAAUUGUUGUACAAAGUGGACGUCAUUAGAAGUUGUGAAGUUGGGAAACAAUAAUUUAUUUGGAAAGUUACCAAGUUCCAUGAGGUCUCUAAGCAAACUAAAGUCUUUGCACCUACGAAACAACAGCCUUUCUGGAGAAAUCCCUCACUCUCUCAAAAAUUGCUUGAAUUUAAGGACUUUGGAUCUUAGUCUAAAUGCAUUCCAAGGAAACAUUCCAGCAUGGAUGGGGACGAAUCUCUCGAACCUCAUGAUUCUUGGACUUCGAUCAAACAAGUUGAGUGGAGUAAUCCCAGACGAGCUCUAUCAUCUCUCAUCUCUACAAAUCAUGGACAUUGGGAAAAACACCUUAAUUGGGUCUAUACCACAUUGUUUUGGCAAUUUUACCGCCAUGGCUACCAAAAGGAAUUCAUUUGGACACAUAUUUUAUUCUUUUUACCAUGGAGAAUUUUUAGAGAAUGCAUAUGUGAUAACUAAAGGAGGAGAAUUCCAGUACAAUAACAUCUUGACCCUCAUGACUAGUAUAGACCUUCCAGACAACACCAUAUAAGGAGAAAUCCCUCGUGAAAUU